AUGACCCUUCCGUUUAUCAGACUCCUUGAGCUGCCCAUACAUUUGGAGCUGGUCCGUGAUUUAGUGUUGAAGGCUGCUCAACUUCACGAGAAAACGAGUUCUCUUAGUCAGAUAGAACUUGCUGGCUACUUUCUGAAAGUUGUCGUUCUCCUAGUUCCUAGGCUUUUGGAAAAGAACUUGCCUCAAGAAAUUGCAGUGAGAGACUUUCGAAGUCAGACCGACCCUGAAUUGCUCUUCUUCAACGGGAAAUUUCUUGAAGUUAUACCAAUGAGAAUCCCCGGAAAUGCAUUUGAAGUGAGUCCAUUUCAGCGGACGCUAGUCUCCACUCCCAUUGACGAAGACGUCUUGAAAGAGAAAAUUUUGGAGCUGUCCAAUCAGCAUAUCACCAUAGACGAUUUGCUCAUUAAAAGUCCAGACUGGGAAGAACACAACUACAAGUACUACCCGGGGUACGGGCAAGAAGUGCCGAAGGACUGGUUCCACACUGAGGAACUCAACAAGCCUCUGGUGGAGGUAUUUGCUUUAGACUGCGAGUUUUGUGAAACUGAGUCAGGAGACCAACUCGCAAGGAUUUCUAUCGUGGACUUCAACCGUAAUGUUGUUUAUGACAAAAUUGUCAAGCCAGAAAACGUUAUCACCGACUACCGCUUGCGGUACCUGGGUAUAACGAAAGGAAUGAUGGACAUGGCAACAACCACCGAGGCUGAAGUGAGGAAGACGCUUAAGCGACUAACAUCGGCAUCUGAUGUGCUUGUGGGCCACUCGUUGCUGUUUGACGUGAGCGUGUUGAAAAUGGCGCACCCCAAAAUCGUGGAUACCUGCGUGAUCUACGAGCACAAGAAGAAGAAGCCUUACAGGGCAAGCCUUAAGUCACUCUGCAAAACUCAUCUCGGUAGAAAAAUCCAGGUGGGAGAAAAAGGUCACUCAUCCGUGAAGGAUGCCAUUGCAUGUAUCGAUUUGUUGCAGCUUAAGCUCUCUAGGGGAAUGCUCUACGGUCAAUACCCUAAUUUGCAGCCCAUCUCGUACAUGAUUGAAGAAAAAGCAACAUUCAUAGAUAAGCUGAUGGACGAGUGGCAGAUUGCUCCUUGUUUUCAUGACACAUUCACCCACGUGCCAGUUGCCAAUGAUGAUGAAGCAGUGGAGAAACUCAAGGGAGCUGUGGAAGGGAGCAAACUUGUAUUCUGUAAGCUCUCUGAUUUUGAAGAAGCAUCGAAGGAGCAGAUGGUAAAACUUGAUCGCCAGCUCUACCAGGCGUGGAAUGAUUUACCUGCAAAUUCCUUGUUUAUUGUGCUUGGAGAAAACGAUGUCAAACCCGAGAUUAGCCAGCUUAAUAGACAGAGAUGUCAAUACUUCAGAAAGUUGAGGCAAGGCGAGAAGCGAUCUUCCAUCGCCGUGACCGAUAGGUUCGGUUACGGCCACAAAAAGAAGCUCAAGAUCAUGGUCGAGGAGGCGAAGAAGGGUGUAGCGUUGUUUGCGGUGAAAAAGGAGAUCUGA